UCCUUCUCAUUGAUCUUUCUUUUGUUUGCCUCUGGAGCACGGUGGUUUUCUCCCUCUUGUGUUGUCCCAUUGUCUCCCUCUGUUUGUCUUUCCCUCCUCCACCUCUGGUGGUCACUGCUCCACGAUGGCCCCCCCUCCGCCCGUGAACAAGCCCCACGUGUGCCUGUCCGCAGCGCUGAUCGUGUGCAGCAUGGCGCUGCUGGACGCCUACCUGGUGGAGCAGAGCGUGGGUCCGCGCAAAGUGGGCGUGUGCAUCAUGGUGCUGGUGGGCGACGCCUGCUUCCUGAUCGUGCUGCGCUAUGUGGCCGUGUGGGUGGGCGCCGAGGUUCGCUCGGCCCAGCGCGGCUACGCCAUGGUCCUCUGGUUCUUCUACGUCUUCGUGCUGGAGAUCAAGGUCUACUUUGUGUACCAGAACUACAAGGCCAAGGCAUCGUCCACCACUACAGGCGGACACACUCCGGGAGGGGAUGGUAGUGGGAGUGUUGGCGGCGUGAGUGGUGGCGGUGCGGUCAUCCUGACGGACGCGCUGGGCCGCAAGUCGCUGACCCUCCUCCUGUCGGUCUGCGUCCCCAUCCUCUACAUCGUGCUGGCCGCCAUCGACCACAUGGAGUACGUGCGCCCGGUCCGCAAGCGCGAGGAGAUCCGCAGCCGGCUCUUCUGGGUGGUGGUGGACCUGCUGGACGUGCUGGACGUGCAGGCGAGCCUGUGGGAGCCCCAGCGACGAGGCCUGCCGCUCUGGGUGGAGGGCCUGACCUUCUUCUACUGCUACAUCCUGCUGCUGGUGCUGCCGUGCGUGUCGCUGAGCGAGAUCAGCAUGCAAGGGGUCAACAUCGCGCCGCACAAGAUGAUGCUCUACCCGAUCCUGAGCCUGGCGACCAUCAACGUGGUGACGCUGCUGAUCCGCGGCGGCAACCUGCUGCUGUACCGGGAGGCGCGCGUGUCCGGCGUCCUGGUGGGCAAGAACGUGGUGGCCAUUGUGCUCAAGGCCUGCAGCUUCGCGCAGUACCGAAAGAGCCUGCAGGGGCCAGCGGCGAGCGCCACCACCACCACGUCGAUGGGGGUCAGUGUCGGCGGUGGCGGCGUUGGUAUGUCACCUGCGUUGACCGCCGAGCUGCACAAAAACAGCAUCAUAGUGACGCACACCUCCGGCGGACCCAACGCCUUGGGCGGGAGCACCAUGAGCGUGCCCGUGACUCUGAGCGUGCCCGUGAUGGUGCCGGUGGCGAGCAUGCCCGCUGUCCCACCGCAGGUGGUGAUCCAGGACUUGACCAUUCUGCCAGAGGAGAGCGAGGGAGAGGGUGAGGGGGAGGGGGAGGACACGUGACGCAUUGCCCUGGACUUCCUCACGGGGGAGCAGUGACGUUAUCAAAUCAACACCCCGGGGAUGUAUGUCACAAGCCCCGUUGGAUAAUGCUGUGGCACACAGGAUUUAGCUGGGAAUUUUGGAAUAUGAUAUUCUACAAUACACUAAAACAGCUUUUAAAUGGGCCGUGUUCUGGGAUGCUUGAUAGGCUGAAACCCAGAAUGGACAUGAUGUUACCCCAAAAUGUGGAUUAUGGCAAAACGUGGAAAUGCAAAGCUGAUCCACCCUGGUCUGCUCAAGAAGAAAAUGCAUUGGAUUUGGUCCUGGAGGAUGUUUAGGUGCCCAGAUGUCUGGGUGCAGAGUAUGCUGUGCUCAGGGGAUGAAUGAGACUACAUGACAUAAAUGGGCGAAAAACUAUAGAAUGUCUUAACUCUCAAGGUUUUGAGUUUUUUUCUGGAAUAUGUCUGCCUUAGUUUUGGGUGAAAAGGUAUUUGACAAGAUGACAAGAUGAUUGUUGCCGAUUGAUUGUUGUAAACCAGUGAAUAAGUGGAAAUUGAUCCUGUAAAUGCUGUGUACAGUAGUGUUUCUCCUAUUAUGUCCUUACCAUUGGAAUGCACAUUGUCCACAGAUUUUCUAUACUCCAUUUGAACAACAUGAUUAAAAAAAUAAAUAAAAAAAUAGUUCGUUACAAACAG